UUUCACAUUUCUUCAGCUUUUUUCUGUGGGGUGGAUUUUGUUGCACGUUGGGUGGGCGAAUAAUUUAACCAGGUUUCCUGGUUGGUGUUUGCAGACUGUUUUAUAAUUAAUUUAACGACAAAAAAUUAAGUUCUUUGCGGUUCUUUUCUCAUUGCAAACCGAGGCUUUUUCAUAAAAAACAUAUAAUUAGCAGCUAAAAGGCGUAGCGAAUAUGAUUCGAUUGUUAGCAACUAAUUGCAAUCGCCAUUUAACACAGCAAUUGCCCAAAUUCCAACAAGUGCCUCAAACACAACUCAAUGGCAUACGCGAUUUUAGCGGUCAUUUAAAAAAUGCAAACAAACUCCUACGCGUAGUAGAGCAGCAGGCGAGAAGAGUGGCGGAGACGGGAGGGAAACGAAUAUUAAACACACGCCUCAUAUUACUAAGCGGCUGUGGCGCCACACUGGGGUUGGGCUUACGCACAUAUCUAGCUUUCGCGCGGCAAGCGCAAUGUGAAAGCAAUAGAUUAGCAGGUGUAAUACAGAAAACACUGCAACAGGAAGAUAACAAAUUCGAUUGGCGCCGGUUUUGGGCCUACUUGGAGCCACACUUGUGGGAGUUGCUCGGUGCUAUUGCUGCUGCUCUGAUUGUGGCAUUCAUCAAUAUACGGAUUCCAAAUCUUCUUGGGGAUUUGGUCAAUACCCUAGCGCGCUACGCCAAUACCUACGUGAAGGACCCGCUCCACAAUUCAUUCUUCAGCGAUGUCCGACGUCCAGCGAGUAACUUGCUCAGCCUGUAUUUCUUGCAAUCGGGCUUUACAUUUGUGUAUAUAUAUCUGCUUAGCCGGGUUGGUGAACGCAUAGCUGCCAAGCUGCGACAAGAACUGUUCAAACAGAUCAUUUUGCAAGAUAUUAGCUUUUUCGAUGCAAAUCGCACCGGAGAGCUAGUGAAUCGUCUAACCGCUGAUGUCCAAGAUUUCAAAACCUGCUUUAAGCAAUUCUUCUCGCAAGGUCUGCGCAGUAUGGCUCAAUUGGUGGGCGGCGGAGUAUCACUGUUUCUGAUAUCACCUCAUAUGGCAGCAAUCGCGUUGGCGGCUGUACCUGUAGUUGUGGCCUUCAUGUCAUAUCUGGGGCGGAAAUUACGCAAUUUGAGCAAGGAUGCACAAGCUCAGUCGGAACGUGCUACAGCUGUGUGUGAGGAAGCUUUGUCCAAUAUACGUACCGUGCGUUCAAGCGCUUGUGAGUAUAGUGAGAUGGAGCUAUUCAAAUGCGAAACUAAUGAAGCAGCAAGAUUGGCGCAAGAGCUCGGUUAUGGCAUUGCUAUAUUCCAAGGUCUGACUAACUUCUUCCUCAAUGGUUUGGUCCUGACUACGCUUUUCAUGGGUGGCCAUCUGAUGUCCACCGAAAGCCUUUCACCAGGCGCUUUAAUGGCUUUCCUGGUUGCAUCUCAAGGUGUGCAACGUUCGUUGGCUCAAGGGUCGAUAUUGUUAGGCACUAUGAUACGUGGCAUGACUGCUGGUUCGCGGGUGUUUGAGUACUUACAACUUCAGCCUAAAGUGGAACUGUUAAGAGGCUAUGAGAUUCCACCAAAGCACCUUUACGGUGAAAUUCGAUUUGAAAAUGUUUCAUUUGCAUAUCCUUCGAGACCAGAUCAUGUGGUUUUGAAAGACUUCAACUUAAUAUUGCGUCCCGGUGAAACCGUGGCGCUUGUCGGCGCUUCAGGAUCUGGUAAGUCAACUGUUGCCGCGCUUGUGGAACGCUUCUAUGAGCCAACAUCUGGUAAUAUUAAGCUGGAUGGUUACAAACUAUCUGAUAUUGGGCCAUAUUGGCUGCGCGGCAAUGUGCUCGGUUUCAUCGAACAACAACCAAUACUAUUUGCCACAACCAUAUUGGAGAAUAUAAGAUACGGUCGACCAGCCGCUAAAAAUGAAGAGAUUUACGCUGCUGCAAAACUAUCGCAAUCACAUGACUUUGUUAGCGCGCUGCCUGAUGGCUACGAUACGAAUGUUGGCGAGCGCGGCACACAAUUAAGUGGUGGUCAGCGACAACGAAUUGCCAUAGCGCGUGCGUUGCUUAAAAAUCCAAAAAUUCUUAUAUUAGAUGAAGCCACCAGUGCACUGGACGCUACAAGUGAAGCCGAAGUACAGAAAGCUUUAGAUACAGCGGUACUUAAUCGAACUACCUUGGUAAUAGCACACCGGCUUUCGACCAUAAGGAAUGCUGACUUGAUUGUUGUGAUGGAACAUGGUCGUAUCGUGGAGUCCGGCAAACAUGAAGAGUUAAUGGCUAAACGUGGACUCUAUUAUGAUCUGGUGCGUCAGCAAGAGCGACGAAGUGUGCAAGAACCUCAGGAAAUUGAAACUAACACUGCCGGAGGCGAUGAAAGCAAUGUUUCUGCUACUACCGAUCGCCCGAACAUGCAACAAGGAUAAAAUUAGCACGAUGAAUUUUUUAUCCCAUACGACAAUACCUCUGAAUAUUCCUUCAAGUUUUUAAACUUUCACGCAGUGAAUGUAAAUUAUUUAUUACCGUACUUACACAGCAAGCAAAUGGUAGAUUAUUUCGUUGUUUUUUUUUUUUCUAUUUGGGCUUAUAUUUUAGUUGAAUCCUUUUUAAAAUGAGAAUGACGUUUUGACUAAUGAAAUAAGUUUAAUUUAAGGAUAAAUA